AAUUAUUGUACCCUUUUUAUUUUGACAGGAGGCACUGAGCGACAAAUGUUGGCUUCACUGGAGGACAUUGUUGACAAGUCUCUGCCUCUUUCCAAGUUAGAAACUCAUUUCCAAGACCCUGAGGCAGCAAAAUUAUGCAUCCUGAACAAGAUAUCAUUUUGUGAGGCCCGGCAAAAGGUGUCUUUCCCAUUUUUUCCUUACUUUUUCUUUUAUAGGUAUCCAAACAAUACUUGUUGGUGCACUGUCCUCGUGUAUUAUUAUAGCAUAACUAUGGCCUGAAACGCUAGACAAAUAGACCAAAAUACAGAAUGAUGGCAUUAUUAAACAAGCCUAUAAGUUUGAAGGAAACAAAACCACCAUCACCAUUUCAAUUUUAGCAAAUAUUACAUUUUUUAUGAUCAGUGCAUGCCCAUGUGCACACCUAUGCCUUAAUAAGUUUGGUUUUUUUUACACAAAACCAAUAAUGUUCUAACAAACUAUAUGCCAUUUUGCAGUAUUACACUGAAAUGUUGGAGAGUGGGAUUUUCAUUCGUGAUUUUGGCACACACCAAGAGGAGAUUAAUCUUGUGAAUUCAGGUACCUUGCACAUUAAGGUCUCGGUAAAUGAAAAUUUUAGUACAUUGCUCGAUUUUGUUUUUUUUGGAUUUUUGGCAUGAGUGAGUCCUAAAUUUUAUUUUGGCAAAAAAGGAAAUCAGAAAGUGCUUUUUAACCCUUCUAAAAUGAGCCUUCCCUGAGCUAACUAACCUGACCUCGCGCUAAAUCUUUAGAGCUGAUUUUCUCUCACUCUAUUUUAGACGCAAAAAUCAAAAUUCUCCGACCUCCAGUCGGGACAGGUUUUAAGCUAUCGCUUUGAAACUUUCAGAUAUGAUGGAUAAUGAUAUAGACUCAAAAAGGGUGUGAGGAAUUUUCCGAUUUCCCUUUGUAACUCAUUUUAUGUCAGUUUCUUUGUGUAAAUCGCGCUCGAGAUUCGACUUUUUAGUUUGAAAUGCAAUAAUUCCGCUAAUACGAGACAUAUGCAAAUUUCCUCACACCCUUUUUUAGGUCUUUUAUCUGUCAAUCAGACGCAAUAAAAAGGAAGUGAAUAUUUAACAACGCGAAAGGGCUGGAGCUUCAGCAGUAAACUCGAUACCUCUGAGUUCGAGAGCAAAAAACUUAGGUGCCUUUUGAAAUUCGAUGAAAUAAAAUCUUUUAUAAGGUAAUUUAGUCUUUUAGCUUUAAUUUGAUAUAUAACUUGCCUUUAAUUGUAGCGAAAAUACUCGUGCGACUAGAAUUUUUUUCUGUGGGUGCCUCGUUUUCCUUUACCGAGACCUUAAGCCAUCCUGAUGUUUCGAUGUGUAAUUUUUUUGUUUUGGCUGAAUUUACUGUUUACCCUUUAUUAUAGUUCCUUACCUGUGUGGAAUGCCUACCUUAAAAUGAACUUAAAAAUUGUUACUGUGGCACUUAGGUGGCAGCCCCGUCUUAAUAUUCACUCCUAAAAUUUUAUUAUUAUUAGCAUUUUAGUAUUUUUAGUUAAAUUUAUAGUAACCUUUUUUUAUCUAGCAGUGCCAUUAAUUGUAGAACACCUUGCAUGAUAACAGACCAUCUGUAUAAAGACUUGUAUUCAUGUUUUAUUGUUAUUAUUAUUAUUAUUAUUAUUAUCAAUAUCAUUAUUGUUAUUAAUACUGCUCUUAUUAAAUGUGGCUCUGUCUAUCCAGUUGCAAGUGGGGAGUUUGCCAGACUUACGAAAUACUGGAAAGGAAAACAAGAGGACAUGGAGAGCAACUUUAAGCAACUGUACAAGUCCAGAGUUCCUACGACUAAACAACGAAAAGGAAAGAACUGUAAAAGAGUAGUGCACAGCAACAAGGAGCUCAGCAGCUAUGCAGGCUCAUUGACUAAGGAGUUCAUUGUAGAGGUUAGGACUUCUAUACUUCUAUCAUGCAUUUCUUAGAAUUAUAGGAUUCUAUUUCUGACAAAGUAAUCCAAGUUGAAUGUGUGAACUCAGUAGGUUGAUUGUCAUUGCUAAAGGAUUUGAGAUAUUAAAAAUUACUGGUGCACAGAUGUGUACUUGAUAUAACACUCACAUAAUCCUUGCUGGCUGAGGUCGGCAAAGGAUGUUUUUCAUUUUCAGUACAAUCAUAGAUGCUAUAUCUACUAUAGCCACAAGACAUAUGUCAUAUCUUUUCAACAGAAGUAAAAAUUUAGUGCUAUAGUAUGGUGAUACUCUGGGAAAAAAUGCAGUCCCUACAUCAUUAGAAGUUUACUAACACUAAGUAUUUAAAAUACACUUGACACAUUCAGUGUUAAAUAUUAUCCACACCUUUUAUGGAAAGACACAAGAAAACAAUCUUGGACUAGUCUUUAGUCGGAGAGGUGCAAAUAGACAUGGCUUUAAGACAGAAGGGUGUGUGAACCAUUAACCAUUAUUGCAUUUUACUGUAGCUAACUCUAUACAUGAAAGUUGUUUGUUCUUGUUUGUAGGUGUGCUCGUUAUGGAAGGAGAUAGCAUUCACCAUAAGAGACAGUGAGUUUAAGGGGAGCGAAGAGCACCUUAUUGACAUUUUUGACAUUAAGGUUUGCAUCAGUCCGUCUAUUUUGUUCUUCUUGAAGUUUUCUUACAUUAUAUACACAUAUAUAAGCCUACAUCAUUUAGCUUUAAAAGGCUAACCGAAGAGUCACUGGCUUAAUAUCAGUUUUAUAUACUGAAAAGGGGACUACAAUUAUUUUUCUAUGUCGUUGUCUGAACCAUACAUUAACCCCUAUCUGUUUUGGAGCAUUAAUAGAGGAUACCUUUAAGUGUCAGUUAUUUCGAGACCCCCUUCCAUGAACGGUGACCUCAGGCUCUGCAAUUAUUUAGCACCACAUUCCUGGCUGUAAGCUAACCCUGCACAUAGGAAUUCUUGUUGUGUCUCAACUCUAUUGGGUCAUGCUAUUGUAUCCUCAGCAUUGCAAAUGGUAACACGUGCAGGGUAGUUUUUGCGGGACAUUGUGAUGUUGAGUUUUGAAUCUUAUUUUCUAGUGCAAAGAAUGGGGCUUCCUCCUUUUGGAGAUGUUUGGCACAAGCCUAGGUACAGGAGACUAUGGCCACCUUACAGUGGAGCAUGUGCCCAUGCUUUUUCGAAGGCAUCGUUCCCUGGGGCAAUUGUCAAACCAGGGUUUUGAAGCUGCACACAAGCUCCAAAGACAGCUCUACACAAGGGCAACAUCUCAUGAUGCAUCAGGCAAUGCUUCAUCAUGUAUGUGUGAUUUCACAUGACUUAUGCCAUGCAUGUAAAUUAUUAUAAAGCGCCCCCUCCCCCCUCCCCGAGUCCCCCAAAAUUUCUAAACCCUAAGAUUAAAGUCAGUCUAGAAGGCUUCCUGGGCAAAGAGAAUCUUGCUGGUGAAAUAUUUACGCUCAUUGCCAUGAAUGAAAGACCUUCUUGAUAACACAAUUAUAAUAUUGACUCUUUGUCACCCCAAAUACUUUGAAUCUUUAAUGCAAAAAUCUGUGUUGACAGUAAUGCAGAAAAACCUGCAUUCAAUGGACACCUGCAAGUCCCUCACCAUUGCAAACUGAAUUUAUGAAAUAAUCAGUUAUGUACUGGGCAGCAAGAGCCUACAAUGACUUCCCACACCCUGCAAAGCAGUGCAAAUCUUUCCCACAGCUCAAGGAUCAAAGGACAGUAAUUUUGUAAUUUGGCGGUACCGCUAUAUAGUACAUUUUUCAAGUAUCUGCCGACACCCACAUAGAAAUACCAGGGUCAUUAAAGUCUUAUUAUUUUCCUGAUUUGUAGUGGAUCAAAUACUCUCACAUCUGUACACAGAGAUGCUACUGAACAUGAGGCUUGCAUUUAGAGAGGCUAAGCAGUGUAUGACAACAGGUAAGGCUAGAAUCGGAAUUAAGGUAUCAAUGCACUACUGAGGAAUGAUAAAGGUUUAAUUUCACUUGGAAGCAUGAGUUCUAUUUGUCUUUGCUUUUUGUUUACAUCAUAGUAGAUCCACUUGUGGAUUCAUUUUUUUUUCAGUGUAUGAAUUUUUCAAACAUUCACAUUUUCGUUUCCUUUAUCUCAGAUCCAUAGGGCUGAGAAAAACAAAAUUAGAAAAAAAGCAAAGAAACAUUGCAGCCAUAGCAUCUUAGAUGGUGAAUGUAUAAAAGGAAAUAAAAAUUAUGCCACGUCAUAAUUGAGAUUCAUCAUACUCAUUUUUAUGGAUACCUGAAUCCUUGUCCAUAUACCAUUAACAAAGUCAGUCAAUUAAUCCUUUUUUUGAAAAGUACCAUAACGAUUUAAGUGUUAUAUUAUUAUAUGAAUUAUUUCAGGGGAGCUAUUCUACUACAGAGGGUGUGGCUGGAAGGCAAAAAGAAUGCACUGGAAUAAAGAGGACAGACAGUGGAUUCAUAGAAUGGACGAGCUCUUCACCAACCUGUUUGGUCCCGAUUACUGUGAAUAUGAGUACACAGAGAAGACAAAGCACUGUGUAGUGGUAGCGGGGCAGUUUCCACUGAUACAGUACCAACAUGAGGAAUGGGAACAAACCUUCAAGAAUGACAUUCCAUCACCAGUACCACAGUAGCAUGGCAGAACAGCAACCAAGGUGAAACGGGCAACAGAACACCAGACCCGCAGUGACAUUGCAGGUACAGCACCACAGCACGUCAACAACAACGCACAUGCAGCCAUAGGGUCACCAAAAGCAGCAGCAACACCACAGCAACAUGGCAGCAGCAGUACAGCUACAAUGGCCUCUGUAACAUCUGCAGCAACAACAGCACCCGCAGUUAUUAACAGCACUGAAGCUACCCCAGUAGAAAGAUCAACAAAACAGUUUCACCAGAUCAGAGCAACUAAACCUCCUGACAGUGCACCCUCUAACCAAAACUUGUUGUUGAGACUGGACAGGGUCAACCUCCUUACUCGUGGAGAAAUAGCAGCUUUGGUUCUACCCAGAGUAGCUUCCAUUUCCAAUGACGAUAUCAUGCUUGCUCCGGACCAAACUGAAGUGAAAGACCCACUGUCUGUUAGUCUACGUCCAUCUGAAAGUGCAGUAGACCAUGCCUUGAAGUUAUUUAGGGAAGAUUCCAAAAGAAAGAACGUGGGGCCAAUUGAUGUUGACAGUGACGAUGACUGUGAUGACAAAGCUAUCGUAACGUUAGGUCGCCUUGGAACUUUUUCAAAGGAGUCAGUUGGUGUAUUUCAGACAAUGUGCACAGUUGCUUCAAUGGCUGCCCGAGUCCGCGAAGAACAACGAUGGUUCUCAAACGAUAACAGAAGUCCACCAGGCCAUCUCGAUGAAGUUAGAGAUGUGCUGCUCAAUUCAAGACCGAAAGAAGAAAUUAUCAGACCAGGCACUUGUAUCAUGGAUGCUACUGACUUCAGUACACUAGCAUGUGAACGCUAUGUCAAUGGCUUCGCAAUCGAUACAAUCUGUUCAAAAUUCCUUGAGGAUAGCAGGCCUGUUGAAAUUGUCUUCCUCCCAUCGUUUAGCCAAGCAUGGGCAAUGCAAGGAGCAAGUUACUUCAGCCAAAUGGUGAGACCAUUCUUUGGCCACUGUGCUGUUAACAGCGCAAAAUAUAUUUUGUCACCACUUCAUUUUGAUACACCUCAACACUGGGGGGUGUUGUGUUUCGAUACAGCAAACCAAACUGUGUAUUUUGACGAUGGACUUAAGCUGUCUCCUCCAAGAGACACCAUUGUUAUCGUCAAGAACAUGCUAAGUGGCUUUAAAUGGUUGUCCAACAAUGACAUUUUCCAUGAGCAAGAGUGGAACCAGCCAAAACUUGCUCUGCCUUUGCCACGCAUUAACAUGCCAAGGCAAACUUCAACUGGACAAGGUGCUGGGAGUUGUGGCAUAGGUGUAAUUCUUUCAGUGCGAGACGUAAUCAAGAAUCAAACCUGCCCUGCCCCAUUUCAGUGGGUUUUUGAGGAAAUGUCCAGUUUAAGAAAGGAAUUGAUGACCCUUGUUCUUCAGUGGAAAAAGUAG